AAAAGUGAUAAACUCUUUAGACAGGCACAUAACCUCAAACAAUUACGAUUUUGAACUCGUGCAGUUUGAACCUGUUAAGUGACGUUAAUCUAAACGUUAACAAUUGAAAGAUAUACAUUCUAAGUGAAUAUUGAGACGACAUGGAUGACGAAGCAGAGACAUACAAAUUAUGGAGGAUUAGAAAAACGGUGAUGCAGCUGUGUCACGAUCGAGGGUAUCUCGUAACACAGGACGAGUUGGAUCAAACGUUGGAACACUUCAAAGAACAAUUUGGGGAUAAACCAAGUGAGAAAAGGCCGGCACGUAGUGAUCUUAUUGUUCUCGUAGCCCACAAUGACGACCCGACCAAUCAGUUAUUUGUGUUCUUCCCGGAUGAGCCGAAGAUUGGGAUUAAAACUAUUAAGACAUAUUGCCAGCGUAUGCAAGAAGAGAAGAUUCACAGAGCCAUUAUAGUCGUGCAACAAGGCAUGACUCCCUCCGCCAAACAAUCCUUAGUAGACAUGGCUCCAAAAUACAUUCUGGAACAAUUCCUGGAGUCUGAACUUUUAAUAAACAUAACGGAACAUGAGUUGGUCCCAGAGCACAUCGUAUUGACACCUGAUGAAAAAGAGGAACUCCUUACCAGAUACAAGUUGAAGGAAAACCAACUGAUGCGCAUUCAAGCCGGUGACCCCGUAGCUCGAUACUUUGGUCUGAAAAGAGGACAAGUAGUAAAAAUCAUUCGCCCGUCUGAAACCGCAGGAAGGUACAUAUCGUACCGACUUGUGUGCUGAACGUACAAACUUUGCUCUCAGUCAUUGAUCUGUGAUUCUUAAUUAUCGAUAACUCAUAAA